AUGUGUCGGGCCGCCUCGCUUGUUUUUGUUCUGCUCCUUUUUUCUCUGUUGAAUUUGCAGCUGCAUCCAGUGGCAGGAGUGUCGUAUACGCCACAUGCAGCGAGCGAGGCCGCGCGUCCAAGUCGUGUGGUGGAGUUGACAGACGCCACAUUUGAUAGUAUCGUGAUGGAUCCAGAGAAGGAUGUCUUUGUGCUGUACUACGUGCCGUGGUCGCGGCACAGCAAGACCGCAAUGAAGCUUUGGGACGACCUUUCUAUGAGUCAGUCACGGACACGCAACGGCUUGACGUUUGUGGCGGCGAGGAUUGACGGUGAUAAGUAUCCGGAUGUGGUUAGCCGCAUGCAAGUGAAAGGGUUUCCCACGAUGCGGUACCACACGCGGCUUGACAAGGAGGAGCCGCUUGAGUACAACGGCGAGCGAUUUCUUAGCCUCCUUGACAGCUUCGUCUUCCAGAACACAUGA